CUGGCUGGCCCCGUCGAGGAUGCCGAGUUGUUUACUAAAGUCAAGCUUCAGUCACUUUCAGCUCCAUUCGGUCCCUUUAAAUUGUGAGGACGAGUGCUGUGGUGGCGUGCGGUAUGGGAAGUCUGGCAAAUGAACCAACGGCAGUCAUGGAGCCGGAGAAUGCAACCAAGGUGGAAAACGAGACCGUGCAGUCAUCUGAAGCAGGUUCAGCCAGGAACAAUUUUCGUAACAGGGUAUUUGUGAACCGCAGUCUGAACCUGGAGAACAUCAAGUGCUAUGGCUUUGAUAUGGACUACACACUGGCCAUAUACAAGUCCCCAGAGUAUGAGGCGUUGGGCUUUGAGCUGCUGAGGGAUAGGCUGGUGUCCAUCGGCUACCCCCAUGAGCUCCUGAGAUACAAAUACGACCCCUCGUUCCCCACACGUGGUCUGGUGUAUGACACCAUGUAUGGUAACCUGCUGAAGGUGGAUUCCCAUGGCAACAUCCUGGUCUGCACACACGGAUUCACCUACCUGAAGGGUGAAGAGAUCCAUACCUACUACCCCCACAAGUUCAUCCAGAGAGACGACACUGAGCGAUUCUACAUCCUCAACACACUCUUCAACCUCUCAGAGACGUACCUGUAUGCCUGUCUAGUGGACUUCUUCACCGGCUGCUCACGAUACAAGAAUUGUACUCAGGGUUUCCAGCAUGGUGACCUCUUCAUGUCCUUCAGGAGCCAGUUUCAGGACGUCAGGGACGCCAUGGACCACGUUCAUGACACGGGGUCUCUGAAGGAGAGGACAAUGAAGAACAUGGACAUGUAUGUGGAUAAAGAUCCGAGGAUCCCAGUGCUGUUGAGUCGAGUGAAGGAGGUUGCCAAAGUCUUUCUGGCCACCAACAGUGACUACAUCUACACAGAGGCAAUAAUGAAGUACUUGCUGGAGGUUCCCCUAAACCCAAAGAGCAGCAUACCUAAGAGAGCCUGGCGAACCUUCUUUGACCUGGUGGUGGUGGACACUCGCAAGCCGCUCUUCUUCGGAGAGGGAACCGUGCUCAGACAGGUGGACACGCAAACGGGGAAACUGCGUAUAGGGACGUACACAGGAGACUUGCAGCAUGACACUGUCUACUCCGGGGGUUCGUCUGAUGUAGUGUGCGACCUGCUGGACGUGCGUGGUAAGGAGAUCCUGUAUGUGGGAGACCACAUCUUCACCGACAUCCUCAAGUCCAAGAAGCGCCAGGGCUGGAGGACCUUCCUGGUGGCCCCAGACCUCAUCAAGGAGCUGCAGGUCUGGAGCGACAAGAGAUAUAUGUUUGAAGAGUUGAAGAGCCUAGAUCUCUACUUGGGUGAAUUCUACAAACAUCUGGACAGUGGUAGUCAAGAGCGUCCAGACAUUAGCGUCAUCCAGAACAGGAUGAAGAUGGUGACGUAUGGUAUGGACAUGUACUAUGGUAAGAUGGGCAGCCUGCUGCGCUUCGGUUCAGCUAAGACGCUCUUCGCUAGUCAGCUGCUGCGCUACGCAGACCUCUACUCCUCCACCUGCCUGAACCUGCUCCACUAUCCCUUCAGCUACGCAUUCAGGGCCCCCCUCGUACUGAUGCCUCAUGAAUUGGAGACACCAAUCAUGGAUGGUCCCGCCCACUCCAACGCCUCAGUGCCAAACCACAUCAUCAAAGCCCUGCCUUGCCUCAGCAUCCAGAAUAACUUGGACAAUCCCUGUGGAAUUAACUGAAGAGCUGUGUGUGUGUGUGUGUGUUGUGUGAAAGAGAUGUUCCUCUUCACGUGUGUGCAAGGGAGAUGGCCACUUAAAGUUUUCUAUAUCUGCAUUUGUGUGUGUGUGUGUGUGUGUGUGUGUGUGUGUGUGUGUGUGUGUGUGUGUGUGUGUGUGUGUGUGUGUGUGUGUGUGUGUGUGUGUGUGUGUGUGUGAUGUACUAACUAUGGAGUUAUCAUCGUGAUACCUGGAAAAGGGAGGAAGUCCAGUUGAAAUUUCUGUCAAAGUGCAAUGCUAUUUCUUUGCAAAAUCAGCCAACGAAGAAGGACAUUUUCACAUGAAUCAUUUCCAGUAUUGUUCUGAUAUACCAAUGAAGUGCCUUGUUACUGAUUGGCAUGUGGUAGCACCCAAAGCUAGAGGUUCGCAAGUGAGCUGCGCUGUCAGUGGGGCCGAACUCUACUGGUGCCCUGAUCUAGCCUGAUUACCAUCGACGUUCAAAUCUCUUCGAGACUUGGUCUGACCGAGAGCAUAACAAUUAACAUUUCCCAAACGUCAUGGUUGACCCGCCUCCCUUGGCUUGCUCAUGGUUGUUUGCUUGCUUACAAAGUGGGAGGAGUCCCCGUACUUUUCGGGGACUCAGAAUGUACUUGCAUUGCCCUUGACCUGACUAGUUGAAACGCUGAAAGUGUUGCGUCACUAGGAGGGCACAGCUUGGCUAGCUCUGAUCACCAGCACGGCUAACACCAAGGGAUGAACGCUGGCGGUUCAGAAAUGUGACGUGAUGUAGAGGUAUUACGCACAUGAUGCGCUCUGUCCACAGCCGGAUAUGAUACCUUUGGAACAUGGUGACGAAAGAGCAUUGACAGUAUAUGGGGACUCGACUCACUUAUAUCCCUAAUGAUUGGACAGAGGGGAGAAAUUGUCAAUAAUUGCAUGAUCGUGACAAAAUGCAGUAUUGAAUAAUUCACCUGCCAUUCCACGCAGGAGUUUAAAAUCUUGUUAAUACUGCCCUCCACAGUUGGCAGAUAAAAAAAAUUGCCAUUCAAGGAAGCCUACAGCAACCUGUAGCCUAGGGGCCCCCAGUCACCAUAAUCCGGCCCCAGCUUCAGUCCCUGGAGCAGUGUGGGGGUAAGUGCCUUGCUCAUAUUAAGGGCACUUCCUCCGUGUAGGGAGGGAUUUGUAAGGGUGGGGAUUGAACCUACAACCUUGUGAUCUACAGUCCAACUGGUAGGCCAAUGGUAUUGGGCUGAACAUGGUGUGCAUAUCCUCUAUGCUCAUUGGUGAUACAGUAUAUGUAGCGUCCAGUUCAGCACCUCACUGUCAAGGCUCUUUAAUGCGGGUCAGGAAGUGCCUACCUGUUGAUAGGCCAAUUAUUGCCCUCAGAUGUGUUAGCCUUAUAUGGUCAAACUUCCACCUGUCAUUCAGAUGAUGAUGUGAGCUGUUAUGGAAAUCGCUGCAGACUGCAGAGCUUCAUUGAAGACAGUAUUCCAUUGCAAGUGGAUUAAGUAGAUUUGUGAGGAACAUUUUUCUACAGCUAUUUUGCUAAAGCACAGUCAUUUUAUUUUUUAUAGAUUUUCUAGAAUGCUAAAACUCAGUGUACCUUGAACCAUUGUCUCAAAACUGUAAAACUUGUCUAAACCCAUUUCUGUCUCUCUUGUUGCAAAACCAAAAUAUUCUCUGUCCUCUUUUUUAUUAUGUGUUUGUCUUGGUGCUUAUUUGAGAUGAAGUUAACGCCCAUUCUGCUGUGUUUUCUUUGCUCUAUAUUGGGAUGUAAAUGCUGGGAGGAAAUUAGCUUUUUGCAUUAAGAAUAAAACGAUGAAAAAUGUGUUUAGUGAAUAUCAGUUUUGAAAGAGAGGAAGGCUAUGUGAAUGUUGUAAGGUGUUUACUGUGUGAAAACAUAAAGGCAUUAGAAAUUAGUAGUUUUGUGAGAGGUCUGAAGAAAUUAACAAAGAAUUAAGAAAGGUAUCAACAUCAAGUUCUAUGCUUUAAUAACAGAGAACUGAAGCUAAAACAUUCUAGAUUAAAAAAAAAUAGCCCCAAAAGAAAUGUUAAGUCAAAACAUGUAGAACUGGGAUGCAUUUCUCGAAACCAUAGUUGCUAACUACCUUAGCUACUUUUUUGGUUGCAAUGCAAUUUCCCAAAGGCAACUACCCAAGUUUCUAACUGCUAACAACUACACUGUCAAGAAAUGCACCCCUGGGCUGAGCAACAUAAUGGAGUUUGAUCUGUAACAUAAAGAAAAAAGGGGGGAAACAACUAUUUCCCCAACAACUUAUUUUCAACAUAUCUGAAAACUAUAUACAUUAUUCCAUUCCGAAAUAGCUUAAAGAGAAGAGAGGUUUUUUGUUGCUUUUUUGAACAGAGAAAAAUCAUUUAUAAUAUUCUGAGCCACUCUUUUGCAACGUGUGUAGCCUAGUGUUUAAAGCUCUUUACUUUGAAUCAAUAAUUUAUUUUGAACAUGUUUAAUCGAAUUUAUUUUAAGAUGUUCUGAAAUGUGAUUUAUGGUGGUUUUAAUGAAGAAUUACUAACGAACUAAUUGUUGUGAGGAACCAGGCGCCUUCCCAUCGCUGUAUGAGUGAGCAGCAUGGCGUAGGGACACAUUUUGGCCACCAGGUGGCGACGGAAAGGCGUCUUGCUCACCAACAAUAUCUGCAUGAGAAUGUCCUUGAAAAAAAAACCUAAAUGUAAAUCACUUAGUUUGCCGAAAUUGUCCACUGAUAACCCAUCUCGCCGGCAUUGUCGAAUAAAUUGUAUGAGACUGUAUAUAAUAAAAUGUAUUAAAUAAAUGUGAUAACCAAU